GAAAGAUGAUAAAAAGGACAUUGAAGGGGAGAUAGCUACAAAACACUAUGGUGGCUCAUUGAAAUCUGUGAAUUGGGUGCUGGCCGCUUGCCCUGGGUGCCUGGCCUAGGUGUAAAAACCAAAAAGCACUUACAAAAAACCCAAAGGACUUCUGGUUUUAAGGGAGGAACGGCCCUGCCUGCAGGUCGAUGCGGUUGGUGCUUCUUUACCUGCCAUAAACCAUGUUUCCAAUGCAAGUCAGCAGAGUCAGUCAAGCCUCCCUUUCUUCCCAUAGCCCCACACUUCUCCUCAUUCUCUGCUCACUCCCUCCCUGCAUGACAAUGAAAUCGCAGAGGCAGCUGUCCCCUUAGCCUCUACCAUCCUCUGCUCCAAUAUUCCACAUUUCAUAAAACCAUGAAACUCCUCUGUUUUCAUCUCGAUACCCUGUUUCUGUUGUCUCUGUUUCUUCUCUCUUGUUACAGUUAGGUGGGUGCUGUUCACCUUCUUUUGUCAGGAUUGUCUUCCCACUCGUAAGAGUCCCACAGGGCUGACAAUACUGACAUGAAUCAAACAACAAAUCAGCCCAUAAAAUGCUAGGGAGAAGAAGCGGAACUGUGUCUCUGCCUUUUCCGCUCUGUCCACACUCCAACACUCAUCUUUGAGAAGCUCCUCUCUGCCUCUCUCCUCCAUCCCUUUGGUCUUUUGCUUGGUUUCCCAUAUGAGGACAAUCAUGUCCAGGUCUCCUCAUGAGUCCUCCUUCUCCUUCUCCAGGAGAUACUUCCACUGGAGAAGGAAAGCGGAGGACGAAGAAGACGACGAAGAGGAAGAAAUCCUCAACUUCAGCUCCCCCUCAGUUUGUUGCGAGAAGGAUAAGGAAGUGGAGAUCAUCAACCCCAAAGCGGUAGUUCCCAGAAAGAAACUGUCACUCGUUUCAGUUUCAAAGCUCCGAUCGGCUUUUUCCAUUUUCGGUAAGAGCCGAUCGUCCAUGUCCUCGUCAGGACUUGGAACCCGGGUGGUCGGUACCCUUUUCGGAUAUCGACGCGGGCAUGUUCACUUUGCUUUUCAAGAAGAUCCCAAGUUGAGACCGGCCUUCUUGAUCGAAUUGGCAACGCCGACAAGCGUGUUGGUCCGGGAAAUGGCAUCGGGACUGGUCCGAAUCGCGCUGGAGUGCGAGAAGAAGGCAGAAAAGAAAGGGGUGAAGUUGCUGGGGGAGCCACUGUGGCGGACAUACUGCAAUGGCAAGAAAUGUGGGUAUGCAAUGAGGAGGGAGUGUGGGGCGGAGGAGUGGAUGGUGCUGAAAGCUGUGGAGCCUAUUUCAAUGGGGGCUGGCGUAUUGCCGGGGAAUGGAGUUGGGUCCGAAGGCGAGCUCAUGUACAUGAGAGCCAAGUUUGAGCGAGUUGUUGGGUCUAAAGAUUCAGAAGCUUUCUAUAUGAUGAACCCUGACGGCUCUGGAGGUCCUGAACUCAGUAUCUAUCUGCUUAGAGUUUAGCUUAAGCUAUUAGGUUCUGGCAAACAAUGUACAUCAAGUUUUAACCCUCCCCUGCAGCCCGACUAUUUGCUUAGAACUUAUUAUGCUUAGCUUAAUUAAGAGUCCAAUUAAGUUUGGGCGGGCAUGGAGGGUGCUAUCUGUGAUCUGUCAUUGGAGCCUCCCAGAGCAGAGUUUUGAGUUCAAUCUUCAGAGGCAGUUUUGGGCUUCAUGAAACCAUGGAGAAAAUGGGGUCAUCUCUCUCUCUCUCUCUCUCCAUGUACUCUGCUUUUGUUUUCUAUUUUGAGUUUUUCUUCUUUGGGGGAAAUGGGGUUUUGGGUUUAGGGUUUUAGAGCAGCACUUGGGAUGUGUAAUGUUAUAUCUCGUAUAGAAAGGGGGGAAUUAAGAUGUGGUACUGGGAUAUAAAUGUGAAAAUACAGGUUCUAUCUUUUGUUUGAAAGUGAAAAAGGGGCGAAUGAAUGCACGCAUAUUGUGUUCUUCCA